AUGGAAGGCAACGAUGCAGGCGAGCCCCUAAGCACAACCGCUAGUGUCCUCAGGGAACUGUCGGGGACCAGGGACGAGAUGGAGCGCGCACGCGAAGCGGCGGUGCAGGCGUGGCUCGCGUCCAUGCCGCUCGGCGAGGAGCUCGAGCGGCUCCGCGCCGAGGUAGCCGCGGCCAAGAGCCGCCUCGCCGCGACGGCGGCCGAGAUACCGCCGCUCAAGUCGCGGAUCGAGUCCACGAACGACGCGGCCGCCGAGAGGCAGGCGGCGGCGGCCAAGAAGAAGGCCGCCGCAGACGAGCUCCGGCGGCGCGUCGACGGCUCGCGCGCCGAGCUCCGGCGGAUGCGGGCGGAGAUCGCCGCGGCGAGGGACGCGAAGGACGCGCUGGAGCAGCGGGUGCUCAUCCGCCGCCAGGCCGCUCGCGCGCUGCAGCUGGCCGAGCGCGCCGUCGCGGCGGAGACCCACGCGCUGGCGUGGGCCGCGGGCGCGGCCGCCGAGCGCGUGGAGGCCGAGGAGCGGAAGGCCGCGGCGCGAAUUGAGGAGGCCGAGGCCAUGAGGCGCGCGGCGAAGGUGAGCAGGGCGGCCGCCGUGGCGAGGCUGGACGCGGCGCGCGCCAAGAGGCGGGAGGCUGCCGCUGCCGAGCUUCGCCGCCAUGACGGCGACGACAACGGUGACGGCAAGCGGGGGAGGAGCGCUCCGCCGCCGAGGAGACGGAGGGGGAAGUCGUGCUUUGCGGUGAAGCUACGCAGCUGCUUGUGCGCCAUUUCCAAAGCAUGA